CGCUCGAGUCGAGGCAGACAUCUUUCAAUGCAAGAAUUUUCCUUGCAUAAAUUAUGUUCAUGACGUAGUGCAAAAGGGCACUUUUAGGGCAAAAUUGUCCAAUUUUACAGCUCAAAAAGGGACUCAGUGAGCCACCUAGGGGGAUUUUCGGUCAUUUUGAGUGUCGCGGGGAGGGCGUCGUCUUUGCAUUUAGUGGGGAGAAGCCCGUCGUUGCAGCCCUGCUUAUCAAUGCAAAUGCCUCUCUUUUGUGUGCAGUUACAGCGCCUGUCUGGGAGCUGAGGUGAAUUUAUAAUGAUGCGUGACUGAAACAAGCGGCGACAAGGAGCCCCUUUGAACGCGGCGGAGUGCGGAAGAACAGGCGGCUUUUGCGGACGCCCAGGAGAACUGCAGCGGUUCAUCUCGCCAUGAGCUCCAAUAAUCCUCCUUCCAAAGAUGCCCCUCUGACUGUCAAUGAGCAGCCAUUCUCUGUCUGAAAGCAGGCGUCUUUUUUCUGCCAUUAAAACCCUCCACUUUGAAAUUCCCUGCCAGAACAACCAGGUGAUUGUCAUGUCUGGCCAUGAGACCAUACGGGUGCUAGAGGUGGAGGUCGACGGAUCUCAGUCGUCGUCUGCAUCGGAUGGGAAGAGCGAGGGCAAAGCUGAUGAGGGCAGUUCUGCGGCUGGAGAGCAACCCGCGGCCAGGAGUGCCCCCAAAAGCGUCACUGUGUCCACGAGUGCAAGAGAAGCAGCGAUGGGCGACCAGCAGGUGGUGUCAGUCGGUUCUCCUGCUGUUCAAUCGCUGACUCCUGCCGUCCCGAUCAGCGUCUCACUGCCUCAGCCUCAAGCCGCCAUGCCUAUCACCGUACAGGGCUGUCCGCAGGUGCUGACGCAGGAAAGUCUGGCUACUCUUAUGACCGGGAUGAUGGCUCAGACGGGGUCACUGGGGCAGCCUCUGCUUAUUCCUCUCAACAUGUCUGGCUCCAUUGGCGGUCAGGGUGGCUUAGCGGUUCUGACUCUCCCCACCACCAACGUUGCCACCCUACCCGGUUUAGCAGCCACAAACGCAGCUGGAAACCUCAUCAAGCUACCCUUUACUGGCCUUCAAGCUGCAACCGUCCUGAACUCCAUUCAGCCCCAGCUGCAGACCAGCGCGCAGACGGUCUUUCAGCCUCAGACGGCCUCCAUACAACCAGUGCAGACUGCUGUGCAGCAGGUGACACCUCAGCCAGCGCAGGUGACCAAUGCUCAGGUCGCAGCUGUCCAGCCGAGCUCUGCUGCCUCCACGGUGUCGCCCAACAUUUCUGUCGCAGCUCUUCAGACUGCAGGACUGUCCAUUAACCCCGCCAUUAUCAGUGCUGCCUCUUUAGGAGCGCAGCCACAGUUCCUCACUUCCCUCACCUCCACACCCAUCCUCAACAGUGCCAUUUCCAGCAUGGCUGGCAUCACCAGCCAGCUCAUCACAAACGCCCAGGGACAGGUCAUUGGGACCCUCCCCUUGUUGGUGAACCCAGGUUCUUUAGCAGGAGGAGCCACGACCUCCACCCUCCCCCUCCAGGGUCUCCAAGUCCAGGCUGUAACUCCACAGCUGCUCCUCAACACCCAAGGCCAGAUCAUUGCUACUGUAGGGAACGGACCUGCUGCUGUUGCAACCUCUGCUGCAGUGUUGACUAAAGCUGCUGCUCCUCCAGCUCCUAACAAGCCAAGCACGCAGGCUUCAGUGACAGCUGCCACUCAGUCGCCUGUGGUCAUUGCUCCGCAGCCGUCUAUGUUGAAGACCGCCGCCACACACCCCUCCAUGGCCCCCAUCAACUGUGGAGAACUGGCUAAAGUGGGCCAGCUAGUCAGCAAACCGCAGCAGACGGCGAGCAGCGAGGAGGGCAUCAAUCUGGAGGAGAUCAGAGAGUUUGCCAAAAAUUUCAAGAUCCGCCGGCUGUCCCUGGGACUCACGCAGACGCAAGUGGGGCAGGCCCUGACUGCGACUGAGGGGCCGGCCUACAGCCAGUCUGCCAUUUGUAGGUUUGAGAAGCUGGAUAUCACCCCUAAAAGUGCUCAGAAGCUGAAGCCGGUUUUGGAGAAAUGGCUCGCCGAAGCGGAACACUGGAAUCAGAAAGGCCAGCAGAAUCUGAUGGAGUUUGUCGGCGGCGAACCCUCAAAAAAACGCAAACGCCGCACCAGCUUCACGCCGCAGGCAAUCGAAGUUCUGAACUCGUACUUUGAGAAGAAUGCCCUGCCCACGGGGCAGGAGAUUACGGAGAUUGCAAGAGAGCUGAACUACGACAGGGAGGUGGUGCGAGUGUGGUUCUGCAACCGGCGACAGACGCUGAAAAACACCAGCAAGAUCAACGUCUUCCAGGUUUAGGAGCUGUUUUUUUGGAGAGCUCAUUGGUUUUCCCUCUCGGGGGUUUCUCUGUGUAAGGAAGCAGCAUAGAUGCAGAUUGUGCUCUGAAUUUGAAGAAAAAUGGUCCGAGAAAAUGAAGGACAUCAUGCGUGUCAUGAAAGAGCCCUAAAGAAGAAUUUCUACUGAUGUUUUAGGGCCGCACAUGGAAGACACCGGGUCAAACUAGACGGUCCCGUCAUGUCAUGCAGUAUUUAGAACUUUUUCUACAAGUGGUUUUAUAAGCUAACUCUGACUUAUCUCCAGUUGUUGCAUUCGGUCAUUUUAGUUACAGUCAUGUUCAACAUCAAACGUUGAAAUUCUUUUGACACUCUAACGGUUAUUUAUUUAACAUCUGUGUUGUGUUUGUCCUGCAUGCACGCUUUCUUAGCCGUCAUAGGAGUGAAGACUUUUCCAAGGCAAGAACUCGGGCACUCUUGAGAGGGACGGUCUUUCAUCUUUGGACUCAUAAACCUGCUCUGCUGUUUGUGACAAUCAUCCCAUCUGCUGCGUACACACUGGGCACGUGGAGCGCUUCCAAAAGGCGCUGAAUGUGGGUUUCUGAACGCGCUUCUAGCAAACGGUGUUCACACAGGUCUGUUGAUACCCGAUACUAGCCCAAGUACCUACAGCUGGAAGAGGCUCGGUGCAAAUCUCGUGAAUCUUACUCCUGGGCGUAGUGGGAGGGGGGUCGACCUCCAAUUGUGGGUUUGAUUUCUGCCUUGCAAGGCAAGGUGUCGAAAUGUCCUUGGGCAGGACACUGAUCCCCACCUUGCCUCUCUGGUGGAAGGUUGGCGCCGGUCUUCAGCAGCGGAGCCGCCACCAGUGUGUGGAUGUGUGUGAAUGGGACUGUGACUGUAAAGCGCUUUGGGCCUUAGAAAGAACUUUGUGUGAUAGAACUCCAGCCGGGGACAAACCAGAAUUAUUCAUUUUUCCUUUGUAAUCAAUUUUUUUAUUGAUUGACACUUCCGUGUUUUGAAAAGAAUGUCACUACCAAAUUCCAGUCCCUGAUUGAUCAAAGCUCAACUGGUUUAACUUUUAUCGUGCGUGUAGUUGCAGCGUGUUUUGUACGUAUGGUCCAAAAACAGACUUAAAAGCUUGCCUAGCGGUGCGUGAGCGCGGAAGUUUUGAACACGGAAGGCAGAAACGUUCACAUGCGUGUUUAGAUAGACUUUUCAUUGAAAGUGGUCGCUCAAACGCACUGUUCCGAGCCCGGUGUGAACGUAGCGUAAGACUUUUUUUUUUUUUUUUUUUUAAGAUAGUGAGACAACCGCUGACGUUCUAAAAUCAUUUUCCAAACUUGUCAAACAUUCAAACUGUUUUUGCCGCCCUAAAAUCUACAGAACGGGGAUGAAAAGCCAUGUGGGAUGCUCACAGAAUAGCAGAUUAAUUGCAAUAAUAAUCCAUGGUGCCACACUAGAAACUAUUAUUUUUUGUUUUGUUAUUUUGCUUGUUUCAUAUGUGACUUGUGUAGAAAAUAACUCCUGUGCUAUAAGUUGUGUAAUUUCACCAUUGUGUCUUGUUUUACACUUUUUUGGUACUUUUUUUUGGUGUUCACUGCUUUGUCUUUUCCUUCAAAAGCCCUAUCCUUUUUUUCCGCAACCUUUUUUUUUUUGGUUUAAUUUAUCUUUUAAAAUCUGAAUUUCAUUGGCCAAAUAUGAAAUUGACCUUUAUAAACUUUCAUGUUGCCUGGAACAUUAUUGCUUGAGGAUGUUUUGACGUAAAAAUCAGUCAAACUGCAGUGAACUAUUCAGCAAAUAUGUUUGUUUUAUUUGACUGGGAAGGAGUUUGCAGAUAGUUUGUAUAUGCAAGGUGCAAUUAUUUUUAGUAGGGGAUACACUUUGGCAAAUUUCUCUAUUAUGAUAACAGAAAGUUUAGGAUGUUUGCACUUUAACCCCAGAAAUUAGGAGAGAUACUCAUGAGACCUAAAUAAAAAAGUCAUAAUUUCUGUCAGUAAGAGACUUUUUAGUAGUUAAAUAAAAUCAAAUAUUUGACCAGAAAGAAGCUCUGCGAAAUCUUUCAGAAAUGAGGAAAUAGCGAAAUCUUCUUGUGUAGGCUAACUGUAGAUUACAACAGAAUAUAUAAGUUAAUAUGCAUUACUUAAAAAAGGCCUGAGCUCAUAAGAAGAAUGAUGUAUUUUGUGCUCUUCUCCUAAUUUGCCUCAUUUCUUAACUUACCAAUCAUGAAAUAAUGACACGGACCUGCUUUAUCAUAUGUAUAGCUUCUAUUCUUUAUUGUACUCAUACAUUAUAUUGCUUAUUGUGCUAUGUUAUUAAGAAAUUGCUAAGUUGUAAGAAGCUACCAUUCAUUUCAAUUGUUCUUUUUUAAAAGAAAAAAACAAUUGAAGGCCUGAUUGAAACAAAUGAAUGCUAAUGUCGUUUUCUGUCUGAUGAAUAAACCCUCUUUAUAAAUCAC